GACCAUUAGCUCAUCACACCUUCACCUUCCCUUCUCGAUCUCAUGUUUGAAUUUGAAAUAUCCCAGAACUACUUAUAUCUUUAUACACAAGCUGUAGCUUUGCUAACUUUCGACCACCGAUCCAUAUAAUAAAACCCGUGCCAAUUCCCAUAACUUUCAGACACCCCAUUCUUUAUGACCUUAUAGCUGCUCCCUCUUUAAUUGGAAGUGAUAAGAAAUAUCACAUGUUCUGUAAUGAGCUAUCCCAUAGCUACUGCAACUUCCUUUGAACAGUUUGUCAAAGGAGUUCCACAGCUCCGUUUUAUGCAUGCAAGAGAAACUUGUAGCCGGCCACUGAUGUUGCAGAUGAGAGUUCAUUGAUGUGGCUUAAGUUCAUGAAUCUUUUCCAGAAAAAUUUGUUAGGCCGAGGACCACCUUCAUGUGUCAUUCUUCACAGUGGAGAAAGGUCGUCACAAAUUUCCAACUGCUUAUUAGUGAACUCCACCAUCAUGCAAAGUCCAGCAGAGAAAAAACCAGGCGUCUACACCUACGUGAGUCAAUGGCCAAUCUACUCCUUGGCUUGGUCAGUUCGCCAAGACAAGCCUUCACGCCUCGCCAUAGGAAGCUUCAUCGAAGAGUACAGCAACAAGGUCGAACUCGUCCAAUUCAACCCGUCCACCUCCGACUUCACCACUGAUAAUCGCCUCAUUUUCGACCACCCAUAUGCCCCCACAAACGUCAUGUUCUUCCCUUCCGGGGCGGCCACCAAUCCAGACCUCAUAGCCACCUCCGGUGACUACUUACGCAUUUGGGAGAUCCAUGACGACCGAAUUGAGCUCAGGUCCCUGCUCAAUGGGAACAUGAGCAGCGAGUUCAACUCGGCCAUAACAUCAUUUGAUUGGGCCGAGUUUGACACUCGACGUGUGGCAACAUCAAGUGUCGACACAACCUGUACGAUUUGGGACAUUGAAAGGGAGGCCGUGGACACCCAACUGGUAGCUCAUGACAAAGAAGUAAAUGACAUUUCUUGGGGUGGAUUCAAUGUAUUUGCUUCUGCUUCUGGGGAUGGCACUGUUCGGAUAUUUGACCUAAGAGACAAAGAGAGGUCGACCAUAGUAUACGAGAACCCUGCUCAAGAUGGGUCAUUGUUGAGGCUAGAAUGGAACAAACAAGACCCAAGGUUCAUAGCCACGGUUGGAAUGGAUAGCAACAGGGUGGUGAUAUUGGACAUUAGGUUUCCCACAGCACCAUUGAUGGAGCUCAAAAAGCAUGGAGCUAGUGUGAAUGCCAUUUCUUGGUCGCCACGCAUGGGGCACCAGCUAUGUUCUGUGAGUGAUGAUUCAAGGGCUAUGAUAUGGGAGGUGGUGAGAUCCGGAUUUGGAUCCGAUGGGGCGGACAUGGAGCCGGAGAUGUGGUAUGGAGUGACGGCUCAGAUUAAUCAAGUGCGGUGGUCACCUGUGGAGUUGGAUUGGGUUGCCAUUGCUUUCUUGAACAAGUUGCAGCUAUUGAAGGUUUAGAAUAAUUGUAUGGUAAAGGUUUGAUGGCAAUUCCAAGUUACGUGGUAACAGUAGCUAGAGUUGUGUAAUUACUAAUGGAAAUGAAAUGGUGACUAAUUUGACUAUGAGCAAGUUCACAUGUUGGGUCACUGAAUUUGUUCACCUCCUUUUUAAUGUUUGUUUUCACCUUUUGGUCAGCUCUCUAGAUUGGGACACUAUUAAUUCAAUAUUUUAUUAAUUUAUUUAUUUUUUAAAGAGAAAUAAUAUAUUAAAAUAUUUAGUUA